CUGAAAUCAUCCCGCUCUACUGAAAUCCAUUUUGCCAUCAAAUAUUUUUGAACCCCCGCCCAUUCGUCUUUCUUUCCCGAUAGUUGGAUCCCGCCCUAAUUUUCCAGUUCUAAUUCCCCCCCGCCCCACCCCCAAAUCUGAAAUCCUCUCUCUCUCUCUCUCUCUCUCUCUCUUCCCAAUCCCUAAUCUCUCUGCAUCUCGCAACUCAAACCUCCCCCGCAUAAACUCGCGCACAAACACUUUGCUACCCCGAAAGUCAAAAUUCCACACUUUUUCGCGAUCUUAAAAAAAAAAAACCUAACUUCCUCUUAGGGUUUUAGUUAUUUGUUCUUCUAAUUCCUGUGAUUUCUCUCUUACCAAGUGACUCUGCUUCUCUGAUUCGGGACUGCGGUCCAUGGCGAGCGAAACCCUAGAGGAGAAAAAGCCGGAUCAGGAAGCCCCGGUAGAGAGCAAGGAGGAUUCCCCGCCCAAAGUAGUGGAAGAAAAAGUCGACGAGGGUAUGAAAGAGGGGCAGGAAGAAGAGGAUGCCGCGAUGGAAGAAAAGCCUGAGGAAGUGGAAGAAAAACAGGCUGAAGAGAGCGUAAUGAAGGAAGAGGAGAAACAGAAGGAAAACGACAAGGAAGAGGAGAAGCAAGAAGAGAAGGUGGAGCAACCGAUUCAAGAGAACAAGGAGGACCAAAAUUCUGAAGUUCCCCAUGUAAAAGCUGACAAGGGAAACGACGAUGAGCCAGCAGAGGAAGAUGGCAUAGACCGAAAGGAGGAGGCGGAGGAUGAGGACGCCGAGGUUGACAAGGAAGGGGACGUUGAAGACGAAGAAGCAGAGGGUAAGAAAAGUAAUCAAGGUGAAAAGAACACUUCCGAAGCCAGCGAGGAGAAGCAGAGUAAGGAACCCACUGAUAAGAAAGAAGCUGUGACCCCAAGCAAUGAGAGGCCAACCAGGGAGCGGAAGAUGGUUGAAAGAUACUCUAUUCCUGAACGAGGCAGGUCUUCUGCUAGCAAGCCAUUGUCAAUUGAGAAGGGCCGGGGGACACCUCUGAAAGAUAUUCCUAAUGUGGCCUUCAAGUUGUCCAAGAGAAAAGCUGACGAGACUCUGCAGAUCCUACACACUUUACUAUUUGGAAAGAAAGGAAAGGUGCAAAGUAUGAAGAGAAAUAUUGGUCAGUUUUCUGGCUUCGUUUGGACUGGGAAUGAGGAAAAACAGAAGUCAAAAGUUAAGGAGAAGCUUGACAAGUGUGUAAAAGAAAAGCUUAUAGAUUUCUGUGAUGUGCUCAAUAUUCAAGUAACUAAAGCCACGAUGAAAAAGGAAGAACUCACUGUAAAAAUCAUGGACUUCUUGGAAUCCCCACAUGCUACAACUGAUGUUUUGCUUGCUGAUAAGGAACAGAAAGGUAAGAAGCGAAGGUCAAUAACUGGGAAGAACUCAAAUCCUGGUGAAGCAUCAACUAAGAGGCAAAAACAGUCAUCUCAGGCUGAGGAAAAGCAAAAACCCUCUCCCAAAGUUGAGGAAGAAGAUGAGGAGGAUGAUAAAGAUAAAGAUGAAUCUGCAGAUGCACAUGAGGAUUCUCAAGGUGAUGAUGAUAACGAUGAGACUGUUCCCAAAGAUGAAAGUGAUCAGGAUGAGGAUAAAUCGGACGAAGAUGAACCAAAGAAAGAAACACCAAUUCAAAAGUCUUCAUCAAGAAAGAGUGCAAAGGAUGCUCCAAAAAGCAGGGAGAAAGCUACACCUGGUAAGAGCAGCACCCCUGCAAAAAGUCUGCCAAGACCGAAGAAGUCAUCUACUCAGUCAGCUAAACCAAGUGCAGAUACUGAUGCAGGGUCUGGUUCAGUUUUGAAAUCCAAAGGGUCUACAUCUAGGAAACGCAAGGCUGAAGAACAAGAUGUUUCGAAAAAGGAAAAUAGUUCGAAAAAGCAGUCAGGCAAAUCAACUUCAAAAGCUUCUACAAAAGAUCAAGGGAAAGGAAAAUCUGGCAAGAAGGCCAAGGCUGAACCCACCAGGGAUGAGUUGCACGCAGUUGUUGUUGAUAUCCUGAAAGAAGUUGAUUUCAAUACAGCAACUUUGUCUGAUAUACUCAAGCAACUUGGUAAACACUUUGAUGUAGAUCUAAUGCACAGAAAAGCUGAGGUGAAGGAUGUUAUAACUGAAGUUAUAAAUAACAUGUCCGAUGAGGAAGAUGAAGGUGACGAGAAUGCUGAAGCUGGCGGGGAUGCGGACAAAGACGAUGACGUUGAUGAUUAAUUAGGGCUUACAUAGGAAUUUCCCUCUGGAUGACAAAUGUCAUGGAGCAAUUUAAACAAGAGAAGCGAAGGAAAAAACCACUGUUGACAUUUCAACAUCAGAACAUAUCUCCCCAAGAAAACGUAGCCAACUAGGGUUGUUUGUACCAUAUCCUAAUUUGUAACUUCUUUCUUGAACAAGCGGUGUUGAGCUGACAUUAACUUGAUAGUUCUGCCUGACCAGCUCUCCUGCUUCCUUACCCCCUUUCUGUAAUUGCCUUUUACUUGUCACUUGUUAGAUAUAGAGCUCCGAAACAGGUGUUAUUUUAACUUAUGUGCAUCCGUAGCUGUUUGAAGCAGUUGUAGCUUUCUGUAAUUUUGAAGCUUUGUUGGUAUAUUCGUGGACCUAGUUGAUUUAGCUUGUGAGUGAUUGUGAAUUGGUUCUCUUUUGUUUACCGUCUUAUAGGCUUAAAUUUUUUGGUGU